AACCGUAGAAAACCCUUUCAGUAAGCUGAAAAUAUAGAACAAAAAUGUUGAAAAUCACAGCUGCAAUCUGUGUUAUAUUUUGUGUGAGUUGUGCGUGGGCUGGCUGCGACUCUUGCGGGCAGGAGUGCGCCCCCGCGUGCGGGACGAGACGCUUCCGAGCUUGCUGCUUCAACUACCUGCGCAGGAAGAGGGGGCCAGAGCUCAACAAGGUCCUGUCUGCUCCUCGAGAUACGAAGGAGGAGAAAGCCCCAGCAGUAGCCAUGUACGUGGUGGCGAACAUCCCAGUACCAGAACCGUGGAUGUCCAGCGCCGUGUCAAGCGAAAACCAACGCUAUUCGUUAGAGGAUACGCUUGAAAAUCGUCUGAACUGAUGCUUUUAGUGAAACAAUUUUUAAUUUGUUUUCAUAAUAUACCAAAGCAAAGUUAUGUCAAUUUGUAUGCUGUUAAAUAAAUUCGUUUGUAAAUGUUAAUAUACCUUUAUAUUUUUAUUUAACAGUUUAUGUAUACAUAAAAACACAGACAAGAAUAAUUUAAAAAAAAAUGUACAAGCUUAUCUCACAAGAAAGGACAAUGGGCGAAAUGUUUGAAUGUUGGUCUACUCCCCCUCUA